GUUUCCAAGUUUUGGAAAAGCAAGUGGUCGCGACUGCGUUCGGAGUCGCAGCCACCGUGGGCACCUACGUGUGACCGAGCCGCGCUAUGGUCGGGAGGGGUGGGGACGAAGGCUGCAUUCAUGAGUCUCUGCGCCUCACUUCCUGUUGGUGAAACUGCGCUGAGUGAAAUCCGUGUGGAGUAUCGGGAGAGGAGGCACGACUUCUGGAGAACUGCUUGCCCUCCUGGAGGCUCCUGGGAUCUUUCUUCAGCUUCAGGAUCUCCUGCUUUGUGGUGCUCGGCUGACCAGUGAGGGCACUCGGACAUGGAGGACGCCUCGUCACUGCGUAAAAUAAGCAGCUCAUCGGACUCGGUGUCCACCGCCAACAGUGAAGAGUUUGUGCUGGUGCCCCAGGACUCGCCGUGCACCGCGGACAGACAGCCUCACCUGAAGAUCGUUUCAAAUGGUGAUGAGCAGCUGGAGAAGGAGAUGGAGGAGAUCCUGCUGGACCAGACGGAGAAAGCGGACAGUUCACCUGGUCAGUCGGCGGUGGAGCCCACUUCCACUCCCUGGCACAAAGCACCCCUCCACUUAGUCCUGGUAGACCCAUCACAGGCAGACUCUGCAGCCUUUUUGGCCGAGUCCCCCACAGCCUGUGAAGAAGACAGCGUGCUCUUCAACAAGCUCGCCUACCUGGGCUGCAUGAAUGUGCAGGCGCCUCGCAGUGAAGCGGAGGCCCACAAGGCCAUGGCGGCUCUCCGGCUGAACAGCGCUGUUCCUCUGCCCGUCACCCUCUAUGUACCGAGCGUGGCGGAGGGCUCCGUGCGAAUUAAAGAUGAAGCGUCCAACACGGAGAUCGCAUCCUUCCCCAUCUACAAAGUGUUAUUCUGUGUCCGAGGCCACGAUGGCACCCCUGAGAGUAACUUCUUUGCCUUCACGGAGAGCUACCGCAGCCCCGAGGAGUUCCAGAUCCACGUCUUCAGCUGUGAGAUUAAGGAAGCGGUCAGCCGAAUCCUGUACAGUUUCUCCACUGCCUUCCGCCGAUCCUCGAGGCCCGCGCCCGACGUCAAGGACUCUUCGCUGCCCACCCCGGGAAGUGAUGUCUUCACCUUCAAUGUGUCUGUGGAGGUCAAGGAGGAUGAUGGGAAAGGUAACUUCAGCCCCGUCCCAAAAGACCGAGACAAGUUCUACUUUAAACUACGCCAGGGGGUAGAGAAGAAGGUGACCAUCACCGUCCAGCAGAUCACCAACAAGGAGCUGGCGAUCGAACGGUGUUUCGGCAUGCUGCUCAGUCCUGGUCAAAAUGUUCGCAACAGCGACAUGCAUCUUCUGGACAUGGAGUCCAUGGGAAAAAGUUCUGAUGGCAAAGCUUAUGUUAUUACGGGCACCUGGAACCCCAACAUGCCAACCUUCCAGUUACUGAAUGAGGAAACCCCAAAAGAUAAGAGGAUGCACAUGACGGUGGCCAUUGACCUGGUUGUCACUGAGGUGGUGGAGCCUGUUCGCUUUCUCAUGGAGGCGUCUGUCCGUGUGUACCCUUCUAACGAGAGGUUCUGGUACUUUAGCAGAAAAACGUUCACGGAGACCUUCUACUUAAAACUGAGGCAGGCCGAAGGAAAAUGCAGUCAGGUGUCGAGCGAUGCGAUUUAUGAGGUGGUCAGUCUACAAAGACAAACGGACCUAGAUAAGGGUCCAAGCAGCCCCUCUGCGGAAGGAGGGGGGGCACCAAUGUCACCCACCGAAGAUGACGAGGCGGAUGAAGACAGUGACAGUGAGAUUUCCAGUGGCACUGGGGACGUGUCCAAAGACUGCCCAGAGAAGAUCCUGGAGUCCUGGGGUGGACUGCUCUGCAGAUGGCACAACAAUCUAAGCUGCCGGCCCAAAGGCCUUAGUAGGCUGGUGAAGAAUGGCAUCCCAGAGGCACUGAGGGCAGAAGUGUGGCAGCUGCUGGCCAACUGUCACGAUAGCGAGGCCAUGCUGGACAACUACCGCGUCCUCAUCACCAAAGAUUCUGCACAGGAGGGCGUCAUCACGCGUGACAUCCACCGCACGUUCCCUGCGCACGACUACUUCAAGGACACGGGCGGAGACGGACAAGACUCGCUCUACAAGAUCUGUAAGGCGUAUUCUGUCUACGAUGAGGAAAUUGGGUACUGCCAAGGCCAGUCCUUCCUGGCUGCUGUCCUGCUGCUCCAUAUGCCAGAGGAGCAGGCCUUCUGUGUCCUUGUCAAGGUGAUGUAUGACUAUGGCCUGCGCAACCUCUACAGGAACAACUUUGAGGACCUGCACUGCAAGUUCUACCAGCUGGAGCGGCUGCUUCAGGAGCAGCUGCCCGACCUGUAUGCCCACUUUGUGGCACUCAACCUGGAGGCUCACAUGUACGCCUCCCAGUGGUUUCUUACCCUCUUCACUGCCAAGUUUCCCCUCUGUAUGGUCUUCCACAUCAUCGACCUGCUGCUCUGUGAGGGUAUGAACAUCAUCUUCAAUGUGGCACUGGCUCUUCUCAAGACGUCCAAAGAGGACCUGCUGCAGGCGGACUUCGAGGGAGCGUUGAAGUUCUUCCGCGUCCAGCUGCCAAAGCGAUACCGUGCUGAAGAGAAUGCCCGUCGGCUCAUGGAACAGGCGUGCAACAUCAAAGUGCCUACAAAAAAGCUCAAGAAGUAUGAGCGGGAGUAUCAGGCCAUGCGGGACAGCCAGCUGCAGCAGGAGGACCCCAUUGACAGAUACAAGAGAGAAAACCGGCGGCUCCAGGAGGCAAGCAUGCGGCUUGAGCAGGAGAAUGACGACCUCGCGCACGAGUUGGUGACCAGCAAGAUUGCCCUCCGGAAUGAUCUGGACCAGGCGGAGGACAAAGCGGAUGUUCUGAACAAGGAGCUGCUGCUCACCAAGCAGAAGCUGGUGGAGACAGAGGACGAAAAAAAGCGUCAGGAAGAGGAGACCGCCCAGUUGAAAGAGGUGUUCAGAAGAGAACUGGAGAAGGCGGAAUUUGAAAUCAAGAAGACCACGGCCAUCAUUGCGGAGUACAAGCAGAUUUGUUCUCAGCUGAGCAUGAGAUUGGAGAAACAGCAGGCGGCCAGUAAAGAGGAGCUGGACGUCGUCAAGGGUAAGGUGAUGUCAUGUGAGCACUGCAGCGAGGUCUUCAGUAAGGAGGGGACGCUGCAGAUGCCAGCGGUGAGCAGAGACAAUCGGGACCAGGACAUCGAUGAGGAGAAGGAGUCUCUGAAGAAACAACUGCGGGAGAUGGAACUUGACCUGGCACAAACCAAACUGCAGCUGGUGGAGGCCAAGUGCAAGAUUCAGGAGCUCGAGCAUCAGCGAGGCGUCCUCAUGAACGAGAUCCAAGCGGCCAAGAACUCCUGGUUUAGUAAGACUCUGAACUCCAUUAAAACGGUGACGGGGGCUCAGGCACAGACGCCCGCUGCCUCCCCCAAAGAGGGCAUGUAGUGCACCAGUGCUGCCAGCACAAAGACACUUUGAAGCGGAAAUGGUGCAAGAGAAGACGCCACCUGGAGAAGGACAAGAGCGGAAGCGGGGCUUGGCACACAGGAGGCCCGACGAAGGCCAGGGCAAACUGCAGCAUAUUUGCCCCCCCUUGCCCGAUGUUUGGGUUUUUUAAAAUUUGUAUGCCCGGCUGUCGGAUGGGCCUACGCUUUUAUCUGCUUGUGGGCUCCACGGGUGGGGAUUUGCAUGGGGACGAGGCAGAGGGGCUCCGUAAUGGUGACCCUGGAGGUCCUGAGCGGGCAGUGCGCCAGCCCUGCCCCUUCGCCGUGGUAGGGAGUGGACUUGCAAGGGAAGGACAAACGACAUGUGAGAUGAAACCAGUCGAGUGCCCCAGAAAGUGACAGUUGGGGGGGGAUGAGCGUUCAGAGGGUCUGAAAAUGGGACGUGGGCCCCGAGGUCACCAGCGCCAUUCAAAGUACUGUGCCCUCAAGACCCUGCGUGUUUGGGCAGAGACCACUGGGGGGGGCUGGUGGGCAGCUCGCUUUUGUCACCCUAAAUGACAGGGGUGAAGGUGGGUGGGCGGGCAUCGCAGUUUGGGUCUCAGUGUGUGUGAGGGUAACUUGAAGCAGCCGGAUGCCCCCUGUCAUUGUCCCCAUGGAUCUUCCUGGAGAGCAUCGUGGGGGAGGGGAAGUGCGGCGUCUUUUGGAAAGAAAUGCGUUGGCAUUGCGCUGGCAGAGUGGCCAACGUUGAGCGUUUGUUCCGUUUGGAUUUUCUGUUCCUUUUUUAUUAUUCUAUUGCGAUCAUUUCAGCCCGGCUGUAAUCUGUUAAGGUGGCACGACUGCGCUGUGCCCAUCACUGUCACCCCCAAGGAAGAGGAAGGGCGUCGAAGCGCCAUGUCACAUGCUGCAGCCACUUGGGGGGGAUUCCCGGAGAUCCACCAUCGUUGUAACAGUGAGGGUCCCAUUGCUCUCAGAUGUGGCAGUGCCAGCUCCCGGGAUGCUGUGGCAAUGACCCUCAGGCGUCACAAACUUCUAGUCAGGCCACCGCCUUACAGGGCAUUGACGUGUCAUGGCUGGGAUGGAGGGGUCCACUCGUGUCCCCUUUGUGCGGGUGCAGCUGGCACCUGCAGCGGGUCUGAUUGGCAGUGGAGUGGGUGGGUCCUCAAGGUGGUCAUGUGUGGUGGGCUUGUUUGGGACAGAAGGGCAGCGUGUGAUGAUCACAAAAGGAGACUUGAUGCCACUGUCGCUCUGCUUGGCUCCCUGUGCCACCUAGCGUUGGACUUUUACAUUUUUAUUUUUUUUGAAGGUUUCAGAUGGCAUCGUGUUUGAGAAAUGAAUGUUGGCGGUUUGGGCAGCGGGGUCCUCGGCCCCCCGCCAUAGCAGUGCUGUCAUCAGGAAGUAAAAAGAGCGAAUGUCCAAAUGUGGGGGCUGGACGGUGGGCAGAGUAAAGUGCCCACAAAUGGGCAGGCCUGCCCCAAAUAGCAGUGCCCACUGGGCCGUCUCGCCACCCCCCCCAAUUCCAUCCCGGCCAGGCGUCUGUCGUGUGCCCGGUGGGCACCACUCGCCCUUUGAUCACGCUUGCUAUGAAAAGUGCAUUUCUGGUGCUGUGCUGUCGCGGGUGUCGUUUUCAUGCUCUGCCAAUUACGUGUCAUUUUCUUGACGAGAUUGUGCCCACGUUCGCCGGUGUGUUUGACCAACUGCCAUUAAUAAAGUUCCACCCGUCGGCCCCCCAGGUCC